CUUGGCGUUAGCUCGUCAACCACAACUUCAGACUGUUGACAUCCAUCACAAAGCUUUAUGUUCCCUGCCAAUGAAAAUCCAAACAUAUGGUACAGCAUUUGACAAGGAAAUUUCAGCUACUAUGAGUGCUUCAGGAGAUGAUCAUAUGAAAUCGCCUCGCUAUGAAGAUCCAUCAGCAAAACUCUAGUAUUCGUAUCUAAUAGAGGCGGAGAAGCACGAUCGCGCAUUAGCGCAUAAUUGGAAGGGAGACAUGGAUGCAAUCCUGAUCUUUCUGGUCUUUUUUUCUGCUAGCAUGACUACCUUCAUCAUAGAAAGCUACAGAUCCUUGUUACCCAAUACAGAUGAUAAGGCAUAUUCUUACUCAUUCGCAUUUCCGAUCAGCAGGUCUCCGUGUCCAACCGGUCACACAUUACCAGUGGACCAGACCUUCUCAAUGCGAAAUUCACGCCAGCGACAUCUGCCCUGGUGUGUAAUACUUUGUAGUUUCCUAGCCUUGGGUUCAGUCUCAUCUGUGCCUUAUCGGCGACGCUGGUCCAACAAUGGACUAGAAAUUACAUCCAGGCGACGGAGAACCGUUCCACACCACAAAGACGCGCGAGAAUAUCCGCAUUUCUGUAUAAAGGACUAAGCAGAUUCAGGAUGGCCGCUCUAGUCGAAAUAAUACCAUUAUUACUCCACAUUUCUCUCUUACUCUUCUUGGCCGGAUCAUUCGCGUAUCUGUUAUCCGUGAAUUAUGCUUUGGCAUUGCUAUUACCACCCUCUGUGGCGUGCUAUAUGCUCUAUUACCUUCCUUCCAGUAUUCCAUUAUGACUGUCCUUACCACACCCCCCCUUUUCCCUUCUAUCCUG